AAUCUCACUCACUUUGUCAGAAAUAUUAUAAUCAAAUAGUCUUAUCUAACCAAUUUUAUGAAUAUCUUUUAGAUCUUUUCAGUUCUAUUCAACAAGGCCAACUUGAUACUAACAUGGAUAUUCAGACUAGUUAUGCUAAUCUAAUGCAAUAUUUAGAAGAGCAAGAGAAAGAAGUAAAAGAAUUAAAUAAAAAAUUACAAGAGGCCUAUGAAGAAGAUUCAAGAUUUUUUAGUCAGCAAAAACGUAUUAAUGCAGUUAUUAAGAUAGCAAAAGCAGAACACGAGCUAUUAUUUGAUGAUAUUA